AUGUCUUGGAGCCCUCCAAGGACAAGGCCCAAUGAAGCCCGAACCUUCAACCGUUAUUGGUGCUACCAAUGCCACCGGCCCGUCCGGAUCGCGUCCCGCGGGCCCCACGAAGACGAGCCCAUGUGCCCCCGUUGCUUCGGCACGUUCCUCAACGAAAUCGACCCCUCAAACACAAGAUCCGUCUUCGAGUUCACCGCCUUCGACCCUUCCCCCGAGGCCCGAUUCUUCGAGGCCCUCACCCUCAUGAUCGGGCUUCCGCCUGGGCUACGCAACCCGCCGGUCGAUAACGGCUCCGACCGAGGCCCAAAUUCGGCCCAUACACGGGCCCACAGAAGGUCGAGAAGGAGAGACACGACGUUCGAUGACGACACAGAUGGCUGGGAUUCUGAGAAUGGAAUCUUGACUCGCCCCCGACCACGUCCACGCUCACGGCCCGAAACUUGGGUCAUCGUUCGGCGUACUGGGCCGAACCAGCCUCCACAAGGAAGUCUGGGCCCACUCGGACCGGACCCUCGAAACUACUUCGACGGGCCAGGCCUUCACGAGCUCAUAGAGGAGCUGACCCAGAACGAUAGGCCCGGCCCGCCGCCUGCGCCGGACUCGGCGAUUGAGGCCCUCCCGACUGUCAAGAUCUCGUCGGCCCAUCUGGGGCCCGACCCAGAGUGCCCCGUGUGCAAGGAAGAGUUCAAAGUCGGGACGGAAGCUCAAGAGCUUCCAUGCAAGCACAUCUACCACUCCGAGUGCAUCGUCCCAUGGUUGAGGCUCCACAACACGUGCCCCGUCUGCCGCCAUGAGGCGGCGGCGGACCCACGGGAGAGUCGUGAAAUCGGGAAUAACGAGUCGCGCGGCGAAGGCGGGCCUCGCAGGGGUUUCCGCCAGCUGGCGAAUUCGCUUCGUCCCGGUGAGAACUAA